AUGGAAGUAGCUCGCAAGUUUGCCCGGCGUCACAGGGAGUCUUUCGACGCAGUAUUCUGGGUCGUGGCGGAUGAGAUUGCAAAGCUUGACCACCAAUUCCAACAAAUCUCCUUAGCCUUGGGGCUUGAAAUCUCGUCUGAGUGUAAGAGCCAGGCGGUAAACAGAGAAUUUGUGAAAGGAUGGCUCUCUAAUUCUAGAAAGGAUUUAUCAGCACCAGACGAACUUAUGCAGCCUGGCCAAACUGGACCAGAAACGACAUGGCUUCUCAUAUUCGACAAUGCAGACGACCCAGUGAUUCUGGCCGACUACUGGCCUCAAGGUAGCGGAUCCAUCCUGAUCACCAGCCGUGACCCAUUGGCGAAGAGCAUGUUUACGAGAAGACCUCUGGGUCUGAAUCUUGCUCCUCUGUCAAAACAAGACAGCUUAACCCUCUUCAGCCACCUGACUAGCGUUUCUAACGAGCCAGAUUGCGACACGGCACGAAAAGUUACUGAUGUACUUGGUGGAGUUCCUUUAGCCAUCUCUCAGAUGGCUGUCGGCAAGAUCUUACCCUGUCUGAAUUCUUGGAGCUGUAUGCAGAUCAUGAAGAACAUGCUAGCCUUUAUGAGACAAAGUUCGAUACCAACUUGA